GGAAAGUUAGGAGGAGGUGGUGGUAGAAACUUGCAGGAAAUUUUGAAAGAGCUAGCCGAUCGAAUCCAUCAAAUUAAAGACAGGAUUCUAGUCAACAACUCAAGCUGUCGAAGACCUCGAAGAAAUAAGUUGCAGAGAGAAACUUAAAGGAUUCUCUCAGAAAUUCGUAUUGAUCUGGAAGGCUCGCCGCACGGAUCAAAAGAGAUAUAAUCGUUAUGGUUUCAGGUACGCUUCCGUUUAUUGUUUAUUUAUUCUUGAUGAUUUGACAUGAUUGCUCUUGGGUUUGGGUGAUAGUUUUCACAAAAGAUUCAAAGUUUACAACAGAUGCUCUUAAGAAGCCCUUUUCUAAAAAAUCGAGGUGAGAUAUAUUUAUAAUUUUUUAUUUUCUUUGAAGAAUUUUUAUAUGUUAAUUAAGUUUUAUAAUAUAGAAAUAACUUAUUUUGAACUAAAUAUUUGUAGAGUGAAUUUGAUAUAGACUUGAGUGAUCUACAUACAAAAAAAGUAAUGGAUAAGAUUAUGGCUAGGCGUUUUAUGAUUUACAAAUACCAAUGCCACAUGCAUUACAAGAAAUUUGCUACCCUGGAAGAAGCUCGUGAAAAUCCUGUCGAUCACAUGGAAUCGGAUGAUUGGAAAGCUUUAUGUACUCAUUUUGAAGAGGAAAAAUUUAAGGCUCAAAGUGCAUCAAAUACAAAUAAUCGAGCAAAGAUACAAGUUUCACACACAUCAGGAACUUAUUGAAGAAAAUUUGAAAGAGAUUUUAGAAGAAAAUCAAGAAGACAAAAUUGAGCAGUCUAUUGAAGUAAGACUUUAUUUUGAGACACAUCGUAAAAGUGAUGGUACUUGGACCCACCCACAAGCUCAAGAAAACUAUGAGCAAAUGAAUGCUCUUUGGGUUAAAACAAUGGAGGAUGGUACUGAAAUGACUGGGCGCCAAAUUCUUGAAAAGGUUUUGAAGCCAAAAUCUGGAUAUAUUCAUGGACUUGGUUAUGAGGUGAAACCAAGUAAAUCUAGAGAAUUGGAACUAGAAGCUCUUUUAGAAACUGAAAAGAUUGAAUUUGAAAAGCGAAAUACUAAAUUAAGAGAGCAAAUACAAAGCCAACAAAUCAAAAUAAGUAGCUUACAAGAAUCUUAUGAUCAACUUAAAUUUUUGAUUGAUGAAUUAAGACGUGAAUGAAGUGAUGAAGUAAAUACAUCUACUUCUUUUCAUGAAGGUAAAUAUAUAAUUUAAUUAUUAAUUAAGUGCUUUAUUCAAUUCAAAUUCAUUUAAUUUUCAUUUAUUCUAAUGAUUUUCUUUUUGGUAGAUUGAAAUUAUGGAACAACAAGAGGAAUUAUGGAGCAACAAGUAGAUGAAGAUCAAGAAUGUUUGGUGCCAAACAACUUUAUUUAAUUUGUAUGUUUGGUGAAGAUCAAGAAUGUUUGAUGAAGAUCAAUGAUGUUUGGUGAAAGUAAUAUU